CAUAACUUCCAUCUCCUUUGUCUGUUUCUUCUCCAGCUUAUUUCUUUUCUUUGUCUGUUCCUUUUCGUCACCCAAAACACCAUAGAGAAGUCUUAUAUCCCUGUUAUUUACCCCUAUAAUUAACUUCUUACCACAAUAUUGUUUUGAAAACUUCUGUCAGGUAAGUAUGAAUCACAUUCAUACUUCAACUCACUUGCGACCAAAUGUCUCUGAUUGGUUGAGUUUCACCAAAGUUUUGUACAUUUACAUUUAAGGCAUUUGGCAGAUGCCCUUAUCCGGAGGGACUUACAUUUAUCUCAUUUAUACAACUGAGCAGUCGAGGGUUAAGGGCCUUGCUCAGCAGUGGCAGCUUGGCAGUGCUGGGAUUUGAACUCAUGACCUUCACUCAGUAGUCCAACAUCUUAACCACUGAGCUACCACUGUACUAAUACAUGUUGAACCCCCUGCCACAACAAAAGAUACAAUAUGAAAAUCCUUGUGUAUUAAAUGGCUAAUUGCACUGGUGCGCCUUCAGCACUCAAAAAAAUGUCAUUUUGUCCGAGAAUGUUAUGUGUGAUCCACUUGGCUAGAGCAAAAGUACCCAUGGAAUGGCUGUUAAGCUUUUACCUAUGUCAUUUGGGUAAAGCUUGCUGAGAUUCUGCUACUCCAGUCCUCAUAGCUCUAAACUGUAAAGGUCAGAAGCUCUCUAGACAUCACAGAUAAAAUCUGAAGGACUAAUUAAACAUGGGCGCACAGCGGGGACGGAUUAGUAAAUCCUGGGCCCCUAGAUAGGAACGUAAGCAGAGCUCCCUCCCCAUCUCACUAUGCAUGAACUCAACUUUAACUUACAAGUUUCUGAAGUUGUGGAAGAUUGACAGUGCUUCUUGCUUCUUUUAUGUAUUUAUAUACAUAUGUGAUAUGUAACGUACACUAACAUGGAUUUACAUUUUAUUGGGAUUGUAUGGUAUCUUGGCUGCAUAAAAUAGUGUAAUUUCAUGCCUGUUUAUAUCCAGACAAGUUUUUUUUUUUGAUUGAAUUUAUUAAAUCAAAGAGUUAUUAACAUUAUAUGAACACUAUUUAAUGUUAUUGUAUGUUAGUAACAUGUUGUAAACUGUAAAAGGAUGACAUUAAGAACAUGACCUAAAAUGCUCUGAGAAAUGUUGUCAGAAUCUAGUUGGCUAACAUUAGCUUUGAAAAUUAUAAUAUUUAUUAAUAUGAGCUAGCAAUAAUCUGAGGAAUCCUGUAAGGUUGGCUCAUGUUAGCUUUCCGGCUAGCAUUAGCUUGCUCUUUAGCGUUAGAGGUGAAAAUAAUCAUGUUUAUGAAUAUGACCUAAAAAUCUUCUGAGAAAUCAUUUCAGGUUGGCUCAUGUGAGCUAGGUGGCUAGUGUAGUAGUGAAAAAGAGUUAGAAAAAGAGUUAGAAAGAGUGAAAAAGAGUUAGAAAUCAUUUGAGAAAUCCUGUCACACUGAAUUAUGUUAGCUUGCUAGUGCUAGCUGAGAAGAUUCAAACAUUUAUGAAUAUGACCUAAAAAUCCUGUCUGAUUGGCUAAUGUUAGCUUGCUGGCAAACACCAGCUGUGAAAGUUAUAACAUUUAUGAAUAUGACAAAAGAAAAUCCUUUGAGAAAUCCUGUCAGAAGCUAGCUGACUAGCAUUGGUUGGGAAAAUUAUAACCUUUCUGAAUAUGACUUAAAAAUCCUCUCAGGUUAGGUGAUGUUAGUUAGCUAGCUAACAAAAUAUGACACAUAUGAAUGCCAGUGACCUCUUUCUUUCUAUUUGAGUUCCACACAUGAAAGACACGCCCAGAAUGACUGCCAUCUAUGGUCUUAAACACACACUUUCUCUUUUUCACUUCUCCUUAUUUGCCUUGACAUGCUGUAAUUAUGAGAUCAGGGCUUCUGUGCUUUUUUUUUCGUGUGGUUUUGUGUGGGUUUGUGUGGCUUUAUUGGAGCUGAAAUCAAACCAAACUGUUGAUAUAAACAUUGAAUAAUCACAACUGUUUUUUUUUUUUAUUUUAUUUUAAUAAAAGUCGAAGCAUCUGGAACAUUAUUUCUGGGAAAAUGAUGGUACAUUCAGAUAAUUUUUUAAAAAUUUUAUUAUUGAAUAGAUUUGUGUGUUUAUUGUGCUGCUGUUAGAUGGUGGGUGUGAAGCAAAGUGGUGCAUUAAUAUAACCGAGUUAAUGCUAAUGAAGUACUCUUAUACAGCAGUUCUGACAUGAGGCUCCAUUAUGGUGAUUGCUAGUGUGAGGGCUGGUGGAGAUGCCAGCGUAAACGCCUGCUAAUUGUAUAGAGUCGAAGUGAGAACAGGCUUUCUUGCACACGCAUAGGAAUUUCUGUGUUGUGAAGGACACAGGGAAGCGCUCGGUAUGCAAACCGUUAAAAAGCCAAUAAUAUAGGAAAGUUAGCCAUGAAUCAUUCUGCCAGUGUGCUGUCUCAUGGCUGUGACAUAGGUGUGUGACUGAAAUACAGAUAAAGCGGCAAGGCUCAUGAGAUGAGUAAACAUGUAAAUUUAUACAGAGUUUUUAAUGUUGUCCUUACAGGAGGCAUCUUCAUCCACAAAGCGCAAGAAAAAGAGAGAAUGGAAGUGAGGGAUAAAAUAGAUGAGAGACUAUGAGAAGUAGAGAAAGAUUAGCUUAGUGAAGGAAUACAUCUGAGGAUACAGACAGGAGGAAAGGAGAAAGAAAGACUGGAGGGAUGGAGAGAAGGAGAGAGAGAGGGAGGGACAUUGGCGAGGUUGUCCGAGGGUGAGCUGCUAGACUGUAACAGUGCCGUGGACUGUACUCCGUUCAACUCUGCCACACAGUAAAGAGUGCCUCCUUUUAAAAAUCCACUUCCUGUGGCUAGUGUUCGCUCACUCAUUUCAUUCUGAUGAGGAGAGAGUGAGAGUAGUGAUGGAUUUUAUCCUCCGGAUGUUUUAAUCACUUGUGACACUUCUUAUGUUGACGUGUUCUCAAAGUGAAGCCUCGUCUCCUGCUCUGUAAGGUAAGAUUAUGCUUUUUAUCGAGAUUUUUCAGUUGUAGUGUUAAUGAUAAUGCAUAAAUGUCAAAUAAGGUAGCAAAAUUGUUAUACAUUUUCCUUUCUCAUCAAACUGAAGCUUUGUUUUAGAAGUGUUUAAUUAAUUAGAGUUUAAUGUUACAGUCCUUAAUCAAUAACUAAUCAGUGACCUAAAGUAUUUUUAAAUAAUACGUAAAGCAGGUCUGUUGUCCAUCCAGAGUGCAGCCAACAAAAAGGACAAAGAGGGAAGGAAACACUAAGGAGUCUAAUAUAUAAAAUAAAAUGUAAUCUUGCCUUGCAGCUUCCAGAUGAUUUAGAGAGAGCUGAGUGCAGUAAUAAGAUUAAACAGGACAUGGCCACUGAGAGCUAAUUAACUAGAUUUCUCAAAUGGUCUCCGUUUUGAUUUCUGUACUGAUACAAAGUAGAGUAUCACAAUAUGCAGUAGCAAAACAAUGCCGUGGAUUAUACUAUUCUGAAUUUCUGUUUUUAUGCAUGUUAAUUGUUUCUAGAGCGUAAACUAACAUACAUUACUGAAUAAAACGCUUAUGUAUUUAGAUUUGUUAAUGGCAAACACAGUUGUUGGCAAAAAAAUAUUUUCCUCUGGGUUGCAAUAAAUGGCAAUUUACAAUUUUAAGUUGUCUGCCAUUUGAGCUAUAAAGUUAGGCUACAUACAGUUCACUAGCACAUGUGCUAUAUUGUGCCGUUUGACAAAUCUAUAAGCAGGAUACAACAUCAACAUAGUAUUCACCUACUUCAAUGAAGAUUGAAUUGAAAUAAUUUGAUGCUUCAUGCCACAUAAGACUAACCAAGGUGUUAUCAACUUCAGGACCAGCCCAGAUGCAGACACAGCAAGUACUUGAGUGGACUGAACUGUCAUAUUUUUUGUUUACCCAGAACUUUGCAAGGAAGGAACUUUUUAGGAUCUUCACUUUUUUUUUUGUUUAAUGACUCUUAUCUAAAGCCAUCUCCACUGCAAAACUUUAGACCCCAAGAAUGGACUUGUGCUGUAGUUGAGAAAUGUUUCUCAUUCUGGAGUUUGCAUCUCAGGUGAACAUGAGACACACCUGUGAAAUGUCAAUAAAAUUGAUUACCAGCCCUUGACUUCCCGACCUGCAUCUCUGAGGUUUCUAAUGUAUACUAGUGAUUAGCUCAUGGAUCUGGUAGACUUCAUUCAAGAGCAAGUGAUUCAUUUUCUUUUGGUUGGUUUCUUAUCGUGCAAAUGCACACAUCCAGUUCAUGAGUGGUAUAGGACAGAGGUUAAAGCUCAGGUGUGGGUGGGAUUAGGGGUGUGUUGAAAUGGCACAGAUUUUUAUUAACACUGGAUUAUAUGGUCAGGCAUUUGAGAUGCAAAAUGAUAUGCAGAAACUUUAUUUUCAAAUGUGGAUGAAGAUCUUGAUAAUAUUUAAUAUCACUUCAUACACUAUAUACAGUAUUAUUGAUUUUAUUUGAUAAUGUAUACAAUUAGCAUUAGAUAUCAUGAUGACUAAAAUUACUCAUUUUUUGUUAAUACUGUUUCUAAAAUAGGUACUGGUCAGGGCUGUCUGAAAGAAUAAUCUGAAAUGUCCCAUUUCAUUCUCCGGGCAGCAAGCCAAAGCUUAUCCUUGAGUGCCACCACGGCAAACACAUAUUACUGGAGUCUCAGUUACAAUCAUGUCGACUACUCAGUGCAUUUAGGAGCAUAGCAGGACUGUGUCUGAAUUUCAAUGACCAUCUCAUUGUGUAUUAGCCAUUAGCUGUGCAUAUUAUUAGAGCAUAUUAUGGUGAAAUAGAUUGCUGUUGCUUGCUUUAGAUGUAGACUGACUACUUACUCUCAUUGAAACUGAUUCAUUUUUAUCAGACAUUGUAGCCUGGUGAUGGAUGACUUUCUAAAAAAAAAAAAUUAAUAUUUUAGUAGACUACACUUUCAAGAUGUUAGAACAGUUAGAUUUUUCCUCAUUAACGGUAAUGAUUUCAGUAGUUGAUUCUCCACAUAUAUUACAGUUGGGUAUAUAAAGGGGGGAAAACAGUCCCUGCAAUUAUUCUGCUGAAAAAAGACCAGCUAAAUGUGGUGUCAACCUGUCAGACUGGGGAAAUGGUAAAGUAGCCAUUAGACUCAGCGGGGCUCUAAAUGACAGUGGUGCCUACAGCUGGACUGCUGUAACUCUCGCAGUGUGGGACUUGCAAGCGGAAAUAUCACCCUACUCUAAAUACAUUUCAAAGCCUCCAUAUUUAGAAACAGUUCAGAGAAAUGCUGUCAAAGAGAAUCCAAAGUAUAAUUGGUUCAACUGGAUUCAAUAAACUGACUGUUUUUGUGUAUUCAUAUUCAAAAUGCCAUUGAUAUUGGCAACACUGGUGCUCAGAAUUCAGAAAUGGUUUCAUCAUAUGCAGCAGUUUGAUUGAGAAAGGUACAUGUCCACUCUUCUAUUGAGUUACCACUUGGCUUACAUUGCCAAAUAUGUUUGCAUCAGGAUAACUCAGUUUAUGAAAGUGAACAAGGAUUUUUUCAUGCGCUACAGGUGACCAUUCUCAAGUGCCUUGAUGCUGAUCAACAUGUAAGGAACUCCUUAGUCUAAGGAGCCUAAGUUGGUCGGCACUUGAACAUCUGAUGCUCCGGAAUGUUACCACGAAGUCAUAGUGAUGAACGGGAUGAGACAAACGAAACUGGCAUCUUCCAGUCCAGAAGAAAAGAACUGGGCAAGAAGAGAGCCCAGAGCCUCAAGGUCCGACAUGGCCUAUGCAAGAAGAUUCAGAAAGUUCUUCAGGGUUCAGCAGAGCUUGACACUUAUAACCUUCAGCAUACCUCUGCAGAAUUGGAGGAAGACAUGUUCAUCUAUGGAAUAAGCCGAGAACCUUCUAGCAAUGUGUCUGCUAUCACCUCAAAUAAAAGUCCUAUUAAAGCAGACAAUAAACACCUGAUGGGAGAGGUUGAGAACAGUGAAAAUACCAUCAAGAUUCCAUGCUCGGUACCAACUAACAGCCCUGCCUCAGACUAUAAAGUCUUAGCUAACACAGCUUUUAUGGACAAAAGAGCUAACAUGGAAGAGCCUCAAACACCUGGGAACGAAGAGACAGAAGGUGGAGGAAGAAGCAAGGAAAGACGUUCCAGCACUAUAGUAGAGCAUAUUUUGAAAGAGCUUCAGGGAAUUAAUAAAAUCCAGGAGGAGAUCUCAGACUUGAGGCAGUACCUGAACUCAGUGAGCGGUUCCGUUGAUGAGGUGUCUUUCUGUGUGGAUUCUGUGCUGACGGAAAUUGAGGGGCUCUAUUCUGCGAGCAUUACUGGUCAGCCCUCACCUCAAAGGCUAAUGGUUUAUCACAGGAGCAAUCAGAAUGAUGUAGCUGCUACCCCAAGACGUAGAAGUCCGUUGUUAAAGAGGCCUGAAAAGAAUGAAACCCCUUAUUGUGAUGUACCAAGAAAUUCCAGAGCGCAUCAUGCUGAGGUCUCAGACAACUCAGAUGAGUCAUCCUGCAGAGUACGCCAUUCCAAUUACUCCAAUCAUGACAGGGUUUAUGGCCAGGAUUUUCCAAGUUCUAGUUCUUUGUCAGGUCAUAGUUUUAAGAGUAUAGAUCAUGAUGACAGUUACCAUUCCAUGGAGGCAGAUCUACAAAGAAGUGGCUGGGAUACAUCAGGCAUGCAUUUAAGUGAGAGUGCAGAGGGAGGAUGGAGUGGGGACACAGGAUGGAGUGAGGAGGAUUGCUGCUCUUGCCAGAAUAGCAUUGAUGAUUUAGAAGGCCACAGCCAACCUGAUACCUGGUGUAGAUAUAAUGGCGGAGCAACUAGCAGCACUCCAGGGCAUUCUUCCCGAAGCAGCUCCGAGCACCUUUCUUUACUGUUUGGACACCAGUACAGCUCACUAUCCAGUUUGUCCAGUGCUGCAGACUGGAGACAUCCCAGGAGACAAACAGGCCCCGAUAUUGAAUGUGAUUGCACACUGAAUUGCCCAUAUUCCCGUAGUUCAGGUUACCACACUAUGGAUGCAUAUGCCGACGACCUGUGCAGUGGCCCAUCCAGAAGCAUUAGUUGUUCCACUAUGGUGCUGACAGAUUAUGAUGUCUGCCAAGAUCUGCACUCUUCUUGUGAAAAUUGCCUGAAGGGGGAUGUGUAUUCUGGAGACAGCACAGAGAGAAACUGGUACAAGAAAGUUUACCCAAGCAUGUCUGAAGAACAGCUUGAUCCAGAUGACUCUGAGAAUAUGGAUAACUUUCCACGGUGUAAUGUUGGAAUUGAUGUAGUAAAGAUAAACAAAGCCAUGCUGACCUUUCAGUCUGCUCUCUGUGGAGCUAUGAAGAGGCUUGAUGGAUCUGAUGAGAAUAAUUCUGACAUUCCUGAACAACAUUCAGAUGAACUUGCGGAGGAUGAGUCAACUGUAGAGGGAUCUGAUUUAGAUCAGGUAAUACAAACUAGCAGUGAGACCUUAGAUCAGAGCUUGUCACCUCAGAAGAGAAAUGGUGGCAGAAGAUUUCAAGAAGAAUAUGAGCUUAGCGACCUACAACUACAAAUGGACCAAACAAAUCACUCACAGAUCUUUGAUCCUCUGGAAUCAACUUCUGGUACAGUGUCUCCUUCUUGUAAUCAAACUGAAUACUACUCAAUGGACCAUUCAUCCAUUGGAGAUGAACCGCCAACAGAUCAAGAGCUUUUUCAUGAGGCUGGUUCUCUUGAAUUUAUCUCAGAGACGGUGACAGUCGAGAGCUGUCAUGGGGAGACAGGUCAUAAGGAAAUGACCCAGUUUGCCUGUGAAGGCACUGAGCCAGGAUCUCAGGGGACAGUCCUUGAAGCAGAGGCUGAGUGUGAUCAGGUAGCGGCUCAGGUAAUCUCAGGCAAUGACGACCUUGAUCAGGUAGACCCUCACCACCAGAAGUGCCUUGCCAAUAUCCAGCGUGUUCUCAAGGAGCAGAGACAAAGACAUAGGUUGUCUCGGAUUUCUAGAGAGUCAAAGCAUGUUGUUUCAGAGGACGAAUUCAAUCCAGAGGAAAGCAGAGAGAUUAAUCAGGUCACUUAAAAACAUUUUGGCCAAAAUUUUAUUUUACUGAAAUUGUAUUCACACAUUUCCAUCUUGUCUUAUUUAUUCAAACAAUCAUAACUAAGAGCAUGCUCUCUUUAUCAAUGCAUGUGACCAAUGCAGAAUAUUGUCCUCAAUCUCAGUGACUUGUGUCUGGUUUUGUGCACAUUAUUGUUUAAAAGUACUGUCUGUGUGUUGUUUUAAUAAAAUGUAAAGUCUUUGUCAUCACACAUCCUUGGAGGAAACAUGGACACAGAGCACAACUGUCUUUGUUUUUACUAACUUUUGAUUAUGUAAUGAAAGUGGUGAAACUUAACCAAUCAUGCAUUCAUCAUUUAUUUUAUUCUUUAUUAUCGAGGUUUUUGGUUUCUUUAGAAAGUUUCCUAUCACAAGACUAAAAUACCAAUCAGAAUUG